UGCUCCUCGACGCUUUUAACCAUGUACAGAUAAACCUCGCCAGGUUCUCCUAUCUCUGUUCUCCACUUCUUCUUCAUCUUCAUGUUAUACCCACAGUACUGCUUUUAUGUUUGAUCCCUUUCGUUUCUGGUCAUGAAUUUCUCUGUUCUUCGUUCUGGGUCUUUCGUAUUUGGAUGGGUAUUGGUGGAAUUUAGGGUUAUUUUCUUUUCCUUUUGCGUUCUCCCUUGUUGAAUCGCAUUGAUCAGCUUCAGUUUUACACUUGGCGUUUGAUUUUGUGGACUUCUUUUGAAACAUUGUUGAUUUUUAUGCUUUCUUUAUCAUAAAAAAGAAAUCUUUAUGCUUCUUGUUGUUUGUUUGAGGUUAGGGUUCUUGAUCUGCGACAGGAGUGGUGUAACUUUAAAGAAAAUGUAAAAGCCCAAUUGUAUAUGUAUACAGAUAUUUACAAGUGUGUAUGGGUUUUUUCCUCUUCCCCUUAAAAGAGGGAAUUGGGGGAAAAUUGCAUCUAUUCUGGUUCUGAUUGUUUGUUAGUUGUUACCAUCUGGUUUGUAGUUUCUUGUCUUUUCCUAUUUUAGAUUAGCAUCACUGUCUGAACUCUGAACCAUAUUCUGGAUGUGAUUAUGCUUUAAAAUAGAACAAACAUUUUGUUGUUUUCCAGGUCUACCUGAUCUGUAGUAGAACCCUUUUAGGCUUGUACUGUACCCUGUUAUUGAUUAGGGAUAACCAUUUUGUGAUGAUCAAGCCAAAUCAAUUUGCAUAUUAUGUGUUUCACAGUAUUGUGAUGUUCAUAUUAUUAUUUUGGGGAGGCUACUUGAAACUAGUAACUCUUUCUACUAGAUAUCAAAAGAUUUGGAAAGUUUUCAUAGGAUUGCCUCUCUUGGAAAGCCAGUUCUUUUUUCUCAUUGUUUGAUACAUUAGGGAAUAGACUAAGGCUUCGUCUUGUUGUUGAUAUUUGUUAUGUGUCCGAUAGCGUUUGUACAUGAAGUUUGCAUUUGACUCUAUUCUAAUUGUUGUUUUCGCCCUUUUGACAGUGAAGGAGCAGGCAUCUUUGCGCGUGUCCCAUUCCCUUCUCCAACAAUUUGUUAUUACUUUUAUGAUUCUAUAAUAAUUCAAUCUGUAGUAUAUAUAUAUAUUAGCCAUGGAGGUUAAACUAUGGAAUGAUAACCGCGAAAGAGAAAUGUAUGAAAAUUUUGCGGAGCUGUUUGCCAUUUUUAAAGCCACAGAGAAGCUGGAGAAGGCCUACGUCCGAGACAUCAUACCCCCAUCGGAUUAUGAAAACGAAUGUCAGAAACUGAUUGCUCAGUUUAAGACACUGUCCUCAGGAUUGAAGGACAUGGUCCCAAGCAUUGAACGGUUUCACGAUACCUACAAACUGGACUGCCCUUCAGCCCUGAACCGGCUUGUGACUUCAGGGGUACCUGCCACAGUUGAGCAUCGCGCAGCAGCAGCUAUGUCGGCUUCCACUUCGGCUGCGGUGGUGGCUGAGUGUGUGCAGAACUUCAUCACAGCCAUGGACUCACUGAAGCUGAACAUGGUUGCCAUUGACCAGGUCCAUCCCCUGCUCUCUGAAUUAUCGUCCUCACUUAACAAAUUGUCCAUUUUGCCCCCUGACUUUGAAGGGAAGACCAAGAUGAGAGAGUGGCUGGGGAGGCUGUCGAAAAUGGGGGCAGCAGAUGAGCUGACCGAGCAGCAGUCUCGCCAGCUGCACUUUGAUCUCGAGUCUUCGUACAAUUCGUUCAUGGCUGCACUGCCGUCUGCUGGGAGUUAGAUGGUGCGAUUAUUAUGUUUUGGUCAUGAAAUGUUUGUUCUGAUUUGCUGUUUGUUUGGAUUGUCUCCUUUUAGGUCUAUUGUAGUGUGUACCAUUCUGUCUAUAUAUGCAGUUUAUGCACUUUGUUACUAACUCUUUGAAUGGCUUAAAUACUUACCCAAGUUCUUUAAUGGCUAAAAUACUUGCAAUGUUAUGAAUUAAUAUUAGUAAUUUAA